AAUGAAAUUAUUCCGUCAACACGAGUGAAAACAAAUUUUUUAUUGACACAAACGGGCACGCAACUAGUUUUGAAGAGUUGAAAAAAAAUUGAAGCUGCUUAAUAUUUUCCAUCCGAAAAAAGAAAAUAACCCAUCUCAAAAAUGUUGAACCGCAGUCUUAAUUUGACCCGUCAAACACUUACAAACUUUGUUCGUUUUGGCCACCAUGGUGGUGUGCCCGGAUCGAACUUACCAUUCGACAUUAGCAACAGAUACAAGCUCACCGCCUUGUUCAUUGUCUUCUUCGGAUCAGGACUUGGAGCUCCUUUCCUCAUCCUCAGACAUCAACUUUUGAAGAAAUAAAUUUCUGAGCCAUGGGUGAUCCUGUUAAUUAGUUUAUUUGUCAACAAUAAAAAAUAUAAAAUACAUAGACAAACUUUCCUGGAUCUUCGUCAUCACAAAAUUUUACAACAAAAACAGUAACCAAAUUGAUGUAUGAAGCAGCAAUGAAUUCGUAUAAAAUAAAACAUUAAAUCUAUGGUAAA